AUGGCUCGACUGAACGAGCCUCCACAACCUUCGGUCGAGUCAAUAGAUGCAUCAAAUUCGACUCAAUCCCUCCGCAUACGAAACCUCGAAAGCGAAGUCACUCGACUACUGUCUGAAAAUGUAUCCCUACGAGAGCAGAUUAUCAGGCUACAUUAUGAAGCCGAGAAAUUUGCAGGACGAGCAGUGCUAGAGGGUGUUGAUAUUGUGAAGGGCAAAUUGGAGAAAAAGUUGGCAGAGUUAGGAGGAUUGGUUCAAGAGCUAGGAAACGUCGAGAAGAAUGUCGACAGUCAACGUGCCCAAAGGAGAAGAUCACUUAACCGGAGCUCCCCAAAAAGAUCUCCGGAUCAAAGGAACUGGAAGAAUGCCCUCACGCUUUCAGAGGUCACUGGAGGUGCAGAUGGUCGACUACCGCCAAUCGUCGAGGAUAAGUACUUCCCAAGACGAACAAUGGAUGCUGAAGAGUUGCUUGAUAUCUUUGCGGACCCUGCGAACGCUACCGAUUCACCAGACCUUGGGCCGCCACCUGUUGCGCAUUUCGAGGAAGGAGAUCCGAUCAAGUUUGAUUCCACACAAGACCGAUCAUCCGCCGAAGGAUCAGCUGAAAGUACCAUGGAAACGCAGCCAAAGCUUUCAGCAAAUCUUGAGACUCGAAGAAAGAGACGGGAAAGCUCGCAUCGAAGAGAUGUGGACGUGAAGAACACCAACGUGAAUUUCAUUAAGAGCACAGCAUCCAUAGGUACAGCCAUGCCAAUGAGUCAGCCUCUGAAAUCCGGCGCAAAGCGAAAGCUUAGCAUUCGUGACGACGACGGCGAACCCGCCGUAGUAGACGAGUCCGGGAAACAAGACUUCCAAUUCAACCGCAGAGGUUCAGAAUUCCGGAUCAAUGACAAUGAUAAUACAAAGCCAAUUAUCAGCAGAGCCACCAAGGGAGCUAGUGAUAAAGCCUCUCAAGCUCCGAUACCGAGCAUUACCGGCAAAGACUGCAAAGACAAGGCAUCUGGAGCAUCUGCAACGGUCACGGCAACUGGUCGGAAAGCUCUCGGGCCGAAGAGUGUGAACACUGACCCAACGAACUCGCCAUUCAAAGCAAGCCGCACCAGCAAGGACAAGGUCGCAGAAGCCAAGGAUGAUUUGGCGAAAAUUGCUCGAGAACGAAGUCGACCAAAGGACAAAGGCCGACCCAGAAACCCAGGCAUCACCAAAGACAUAGAGACGGCCAUCAAAGGCGCUGAAGUCAGGAAGCCUCUCGAAGCCCCUCCGGAGACGCCAGCACCACCGUCCGACCUCUUCUCGCCUGGCUCCCCGGGACCUUCAGCCGCACGACCCGAUUCGCGAGACACGCCUCCACCGCCCGACCUUGGACCAGACACAGGCACAGGAUCGUUUGGUCGAGCUUCACGGCGUCCAAGAGGUAGUGUUAAUUACGCUCAGCCGAACCUCCGCGACAAGAUGCGCCGACCAACGAAAGAGCUCGUCGAUGCUGUUGGUGCGGAGGAGCGAGCACGGAUGGCAAAAGCGGAAGAUGAUGCGUCAAACCCGGUUCUCAUCAAGCAAGAAGAAGAUGCAGAUGCAGAUGCAUUACCUACAUGGAAGACGAAUGCUCCCGAAACGGACCAGAGAAGGAGACCAGAGCCCAUCAGUCCGCUUGGUAAUAAAAUUGGAGCGGCAGACUUGCCGGCCAGCGUCAUCACUGAACGACGAAGGCGUACAAUUGUGCCCGCACUUCAAGAGGGGGUAAUUGACCCCAUGAAGCUAACAUCUGGCGCUGCGUCCGCAAUUGCAGCACUUACAGCUGGAACUCAAAGACUGAAAAGGCGAGGAGAAGAGGAAGAAGAGCCCAGUGGGGAUAUCGAAAUGAGAGAGCAAACAAGGGAGCCAAUAGAACGGAUGAGUAUCUACGAUUUCACAGGCAGCUCUCCUGUCGAGCCGAGCGGCAUGAAUGCCAGUGAUGCAGGCCAAGAAGAGCUAGCCAAGACGACGAGAUCAUCCAGAAGACAUUCCAGCGUGCCGGCUUCCUCUGAGCCAGGAAAAGGCUCUAUCAUGAUAUCCAGACGAGGUGAUCGACGAAGAGAGACACUCGUUGUGGCACAACCCGCGGAGAGAACAGAGACAGAAGAGGGACAGAUGUCAGGGACGAGAAGUGUGCUUGAGCUUGGCGCUGAAAGUGCAGAGGCUGCGGUAGGCAGAGGAGACCGGGCUGCGAGUCGGCGACGGAGCAUGAUGAUUUGA